GGCCAGUAGAUCUGAUUAGGUACUGCAAGAGACGAGCGAAGAUUGAUUAUGUGGGGCUUGAGGACGUGAGGUUUCUCUUCGAGGUCCCAGCUUAGGGAAUGUCGGGGAGAAUGGCAACUGUGAUGCGCUUAGAUAAGCAACUGGUAAGCACAGGAUACACUGUGACGGUACUUCACCGAGUAUACAUAGAUGAGGACUUGACGGUGAGGGAGUGCCGACUACAAGCCGGGGAUUUGAUCCGCAAACAUAGGGCUGAUGUGCUGGCGCAGGUGACCUUCCAGACCUCGAUUUUCUAUGAUGUGAUGGUAUGGUCUCAUGGUUAUAUACGCGUGGAGCACUACCACAAUGAGACGGUAGCAGAGACUAAGCGAGGGUAUGAGGAUGAACUGGAAAAGGAUGUGGACAGAGUAAAGGAGUUGGGAAAUAAGAUAAGGGAGAACGGUUCGUGCCAGGAAGAGGGCAAGCUGCGUAGGGUUGAGCUCGCGACGAAAGAGUUAGAGAGUCUGUUCCGAGAAGAUAGAGAGUUAAUCCAGGCGUGGAGAUCAGACUUUGUGGAGAGGGUAAAGGCGAGAAACCUAUCACGCGAAGGAGCUAAGGGAAAGUCUGCAGAGGAUGUAACAACGGAGGACAAGGUGACCCCUAAGGCGGAUGCUCCUACUGUAGCAGUAUCAGAGGUAACAGCUAGAGCAGAUCGCAUGGCGACAGUUCUUCUUGAUGGGAUGGAAGGCGUGCCUCCAGACAAGUUUUACAUACCUGGAAGUGGGACUGUGGAGGCAAUCCUAAACGACGGAGCGGUUCUAGAUGUUGUGAUUGAUAACGACAGUGAGGCUGUCAUUAUAGACGAGGAUCUGGCAGAGCAAGUUGGAAUGGGACUCGAUAGGUCAUACCUAUUGGAGAUAGAGACGGUUGAUGGGAGAAAGCAACAGAUCACAUGGGUUUGUUAUAAGGCAGCCAUAGAGAUCCAAGGGGUACGAGUGACCAUGCCAGUCUUUGCAGUCAAGAACUGCAACUCUGACCUGCUCUUGGGACGGACGUGGUUGAGCCAUGUGCAUGCGAUGAUGAUAGAGCGAUCGGACGAGAGCCAGACACUGUCCAUUAAGAAGCUAGAUGAGACGCGGGUUAUGAUUGAGACGGUGGAGCCUCGAGACCCGAGGAACAGAGCAGCUCUCGCUGUGGGUGAGGGACCCAGUGAUCGGAUUAAGUCAUUACCUAUCUCCGGCCUCGCGGUGCGAUUUCCCAAGAAGAAGUAUGAACCUCUGUUCUCAGAAGAAGAAGGCCGGAUUGUAGAAGUGAAAGAUUUAGGGAGUCGGCUAAUAGUGGACGGCAACUUGUAUUCAAAAGAGGCAGAUGAGGAGUCUGGCGGCGUGGUAUCUGUGUCUUUUUGAAGGGCACUGCCCCCUAUGGGGGGCUACCCAAGCGACACAAGCGAGUAGCCCAGAAAGUUA